AUGAUUCAAAAUCAAUUUGGUGUGAAUAUCAAAAGAAUCAGAUCUGAUAAUGGAAAAGAGUUCUUCAAUCAUGUCAUUACUCCUUUUUGUGAAAAAGAAGGAAUAAUUCAUGAGUCCUCUUGUGUAAAAACCCCACAACAAAAUGGAAUUGCUGAAAGAAAAAAUGGUCAUCUUCUUGACCAAACUCGGGCAUUGUUGUUCCAAAAUAAUGUUCCAAAGUAUCUUUGGGGAGAAGUUGUUCUUACAGCAACAUACCUCAUUAAUCGGCUACCUUCUAGAGUGUUGGAAUUAAGGAGUCCUAUGGAUAUUCUUUCGUCCUUUUAUCCAAACAUUUCGACCACAAAUAAUCUUGUCCCACAGAUCUUUGAGUGUGUCUCGUUUGUUCAUAUCCAUAGUCAAGGUAGGGGAAAGCUUGAUCCUAAGGCUCUCAAAUGUGUCUUUGUUGGAGAUGUUACUUUUCAUGAAGGAAAAGCCUACUUCACUCAACCUUAUCUUCAAGGGGAGUCUCUUAGUGAAGAUAAGAGUAAUUCUCUUGAAACUCUUAUUCUUCCUAAUCUUGAAAUGAAUUCUCAUGAGAUCAAUUCGAGAGAAGGAAUGGUUGGAAAUGAAUCUAAAAAUGAGGCAUUGGUUGAAGAUAGAUUUGGAAAUGAAUAA